ACGAAGAGCACUUCUUCAGAAGCAUGGCGGCUGCUGUGAAGGCACGACGUUACCGAAAUUGUGUCCUUCGCUUCAACUCUGACCGAGAGUGUAUCGCCUGAAUAUAUUGGUAGCACAAAAUGGACAAUCAGCCAUCUACCGUAAAGUCGUCCACUCCCAGCAACAACCAGAGUGGAGUGGACAAUGCUGACAGCGCAGCGGAGGAAGGAGAGGACGAAGAGGCGUCCUCCCACAACUCCGAGAAAGAGUUGCGGCUGUUCGAAAAGGCAAGUUCGUCAAUGCCUUGGCAUAAAACACGCGUGUCGCAAAGGUUGGAGCGAUUGGCCGCAAUACUGAUGUCUUCUGUUUUUCCAAUACAGGCAAAGCAACUCUACCUGAAAGGAGUCCUGGCUGAGAGAUCCGGUCGCAUGUACGACGCCAUCUCGUACUACAGGCAGGCCCUGCAAAAGGUGCCGGACAUUGAGUUCCGUCUGACAGACAGCUCCGUGUGGUCUUUUGAUGAAGAAAGUGACAGUUCAGAUGUGGACUGCAAAACCGAAGAGUCGCCCUGCAGCGACGAUGAUAUGUUGCCUCUCCAUCACCGCAUCAGAGUUAAACAUCCGUCGGCGGACAUUUGCAACGUGGCCUGCGAACAAAGAGCUACACAUCUCUCCGACCUUCCGAGGGAGGUGUUCAUGUACAUCCUACGAUGGGUGGUGUCUUCGGAGCUGGACGUUCUGUCCUUGGAAUCUGUGUCCAGGGUGUGUCGUGGCUUCUACCUGUGUGCCAGGGACCCCGAGUUGUGGCAUCUGGUGUGCGCGAGAACCUGGGGCAGAGAUUGCGGUCAGCUCCUUCGAUAUCAAAGCUGGCGGGAGAUGUACAUCUACCGGCCACGUAUCUGUUACAACGGUGUCUACAUCAACAAGACGACGUACGUCCGUCACGGAGAGUCGUCCUUCCAGGACUCGAGCUACCGGCCCUGCUUUUUGGUGGAAUAUUUUCGUUAUCUGCGUUUUUUUCCUGAAGGUGCUGUGCUGAUGCUGACGACUCCGGACAACCCGUACCUGUCCCUGGGCAAGCUGAGGUCCCGGAGGCCUCUGUACUCGUCGGUGCUGACGGGCAAGUUCUGGCUCGAGGGCACCAAGCUCAGGGCCGUGCUCAAGAAGGCCGCCAGCGCCAAGGGCACCGGCCGCUCGGCCAACAGCAGUCACCGACGCAGCAGGCCGCUGGUGCUGGACCAGCAGCCGCAUCCGGAACAGGUCUUCCACAUGGAACUGGAGUUGAGGGCUGUUCGUGGUCGUCCCAACAUCCAGUUGGCUUGGAGGAGCUACGCCAUUCACACCUUCUGGUCGGGACAAGAGACUGUGGCCAAGUUCGACCUGACAGCCAAUGCCUUCCCUCCCCUCUGGUUCUCCAGGGUCAAAAGCUUCACAUCCGUUUCAGAGUGUCCACUGUGAUCACGAUGCCGGGCAAAUGUGCAAGUCCGAACUAUCGCCACAGUUGCUUCCCCGCAGAGGCAGAACAAGACUUGUAGGCGAGAGCAUUAUGUAGAGCAGAUGCCAUCGCUUCUUCCCUUUGCUUUGUGGUGUUUCCGUGGCUGCCUUCAAAGUAUAUAUCGUUGGUUUGUUGUUUUAUGGAGGAAAGUUUAUGUGGGCACUACAUAUAGUGGUCGAUAGUUUGUUAAGGGGUAUUUACACGGGGGAGAUAUCCCUUCCCUUUGCUUCCCAGUGUGCGCAUCACACAGUAACGCCAUGCCUUUGCACAGAGCCAUGCUGACAUAGACAUCCCAUGGGGAUGGGGAAGCUUUUGCGCGGGCUCGGGCUACACAAACGGUCCCUGCCUUGGCGGAGGAUCUCAUAGCAAUUGGCGGUAUUUUGUUCACGUGUCUGGCAACUCUAUAGAUUUUGCUGUGUGAUACCAGCGGUGGCAUCACCUAACUUGUCGUGGCUUGCGCUGUUGCAAAUGUCGUCCCAGACACCCGAAGGAGUCUUCAAUAUUCAUCAAUGCCGUCCUCAAGCCGCUCCUCGUAUAACUGGUUUUGGAUUCUGCGUUCUGUGUUGCAUCCACCCAUUCAAGUAGCACCUUUUUUUCUAGCAGGAAGCAGUUUGUCGUCUUGUGUAUCUAACAGCGCCGCCGUCACCAUCGUGUAUUGCUGUUUCAUGUACGCCUCCAUUUUUCUACCCUCGUUAGCAUGCACUGAGCCCCGUUGUCGACAGUGCGACCGCUAAAUGCGUCCGAUAACACUGACGUCCCUCUCGGCUCCCCGCCGUUCGUGUGAAUGGCUGGAGUCGGGAAGGGAGUCCCGCUGGUUAGGCAGAUCACCGACGUCGCACGCAACUCUACCCGAAAGCAUCCCCCGUGUGAAUGCCCCUUUAGAAACAGUGUAGGACUGUUGCUGUAAAAUCCAUGAAAUAAACAAUGGGGCGUCUGUACGGGAUGCAUCUUGCA